CUCUCCGCUCAUAGCAGCAGCCCACGGCCCGGGUACACCGAGAAUAAGUACGCGGCGGCGGACGAGGCAGGCAAAAAUCAAUUGGCUUGCAUGGAGCGCUCCGCCUGAUAGAUAGGCAGGCACACCGCCGUUGCGUGCGCGACCCCGAUUCUGCCCACCCGCAGGAGGAUGGCGUGGCCGGUUUAGGGCUGCCGGCGAGCGUUGUGGCAUGACCGUGCAGAGUGUGGCGGCUCUCGCAGGCUGAGGGACCAUUGCGCCGCACAGCAUGGCCUCGGUGGCUGCGUGGCUUCCGUUCGCAAGGGCAGCCGCCAUCGGCUGGGUGCCCAUUGCGACCCACCCACUGCCACCACCACCCAUCUCCAAGGAUCGAAGAAAGUCGGAGGAUGAAAAGCUGCUGAUCAACGUGUCCGGUCGGCGGUUCGAGACGUGGCGGAACACGCUGGAGAAGUACCCUGACACGCUGCUGGGCUCGAACGAGCGCGAGUUCUUCUACGACGAGGACUCGAAGCAGUACUUCUUCGACCGCGACCCGGACAUCUUCCGGCACAUCCUCAACUACUACCGCACAGGCAAGCUUCACUACCCCAAGCACGAGUGCCUCACCAGCUACGAGGAGGAGUUGGCCUUCUUCGGCAUCCUUUCAGACGUGAUCGGCGACUGCUGCUUCGAGGACUACAAGGACCGCAAGCGUGAGAACAGCGAACGCCUCAUGGACGACAAGCUCAGUGAAAAUGGCGACAACCAGAACCUCCAGCAGCUCACCAACAUUAGGCAGAAAAUGUGGCGGUCGUUCGAGAACCCGCACACGUCGACGUCGGCGCUGGUGUUCUACUACGUGACCGGCUUCUUCAUCGCCGUGUCGGUGAUGGCCAACGUGAUUGAAACCGUGUCCUGCGGCAUCAAGCCGGGACGCAGCGGCACCCUGCCCUGCGGAGAGCGCUACAAGAUCGUCUUCUUUUGCCUCGACACGGCCUGCGUGAUGAUCUUCACCGCCGAGUACCUGCUCCGGUUGUUCGCCGCGCCAGACAGGUGCAAGUUCAUGCGUUCGGUGAUGAGUAUCAUCGACGUGGUGGCCAUCAUGCCAUACUACAUCGGCCUGGGCAUCACGGACAACGACGACGUGUCCGGCGCGUUCGUCACGCUGCGAGUCUUCCGAGUGUUCCGCAUCUUCAAAUUCUCGCGGCACAGCCAAGGUUUGCGCAUCCUCGGCUACACGCUCAAGUCGUGCGCCUCCGAGCUCGGCUUCCUCGUCUUCUCGCUGGCCAUGGCCAUCAUCAUCUUCGCCACGGUCAUGUUCUACGCCGAGAAGAACGUCGAGGGCACCAACUUCACCUCCAUUCCAGCCGCCUUCUGGUACACCAUCGUCACAAUGACGACUCUCGGGUACGGCGACAUGGUACCCAAGACGAUUGCCGGCAAGAUCGUGGGAGGAGUUUGCUCUCUCAGUGGGGUGCUGGUGAUCGCCUUGCCGGUCCCUGUAAUCGUAUCCAACUUCAGUCGCAUCUACCACCAGAACCAGCGCGCAGACAAGAGGAAGGCGCAGAGGAAAGCAAGACUGGCGCGAAUCCGCAUUGCCAAAGCCUCGUCAGGCGCCGCGUUCGUCAGCAAGAAAAAGGCUGCCGAGGCGCGGCUAGCGGCCCAAGAGUCCGGCCUAGAGGUCGACGAAAAUUAUAGAGAAGAGGACAUCUUCGAGCUGCAACAUCACCACCUCCUCAGAUGCCUUGAAAAGACUACAGACCGAGAGUUCGUGGAGAUGGAGGUGCCGUACAACGGACAGCCCAAGAGGCCCGGCUCUCCGUCGCCCAUGGCCAGCCCGACCCACUCGACGGCGAGCAACACCGGCUUAUUGCAGGCGUGUUGUGGUCGAUGUUGCGGCCAGAGGUAUCAGAGCAUUCCCUUCCUAGCUACCAGCCCCGGGAAAGACAAGGUUGUUCUAGUUUAUCAAGACAAGAUCGAAGUGCGCACAAAGAAGCAGCACCACCGCGGCGCGACCCCGGACACCGGCGGCCAGGAGGAGGAGAUGAACGACGUGCGGUCGGCCAGUGAGGCCGUGUCGCGGGCCAGCCUGAACCAGGCGGCCAAGCCCAACUCGACGACCUCGACCGCCUCGGUGGUGGUCAACCUGCCGUCGUCGUACCCGGCCUCCGAGGUGCUGGACGGCAGCGGCACGGGCCCCCAUCAGCACCCGCCGCCGCCCCCGCAGCAGCAGCAGGCGGAGGCGCCCGCGGACGGCAAGCAGCAGUCGGUGGUGCGCAUUUCCACGUUAUGAGACAGCAGCCGGCAGUGAUCUGUUAUUAAUUUUUGCGUGUUUUCCGUACGUGUAAUCUAUGAUACGACGAGACGAGCGACGAUUCUCUCUUCCGAGUGGGAGCAAAAAAUAAUUUCGAAAUCUGGAUUUUGCGUUCAGUGCGGCCCGCGUGUCUGUGGUCUUUCCUCACUGUUUUAUGGGUGCUCUGCUCUAAUAUUUUGCUGAACAAGAAGAAGAAGAAGAGAGUAAAAAUCGAGAUGUCCGUUUCCUCAAUUACUGCGUGCAGGGGUUUUGUCCGAAAAGUAAAUAAGCAACUUUUGAAGGCCUGCGGUGCGUGUAAAAUCGGUCGGCGCGCACACAUUCACACACACACUCACACAAGCCUUGACUACUUCUUUUCUUUUGAGACCCACACACGCGCGCUAAAAAUAUCUCGGCGUGAGACACGAUCGCAACGUGCGUAAAUUCUCGGCAUUUUUCACCCGCGAAUUGGCAACACACGGUUUCCUCUUGUCUCGAAGCGGCCAGAAAUCGUGUCUCGCGCUGAGAGAGGUGAAAAUUUUCAAAUCAACACAUUCCAACUUUUCUAACGACGCACCCUUCAAAAACUGUUGGCAGAGAAAACCCUCGCGGUUGAGGCGGAAAUUUUUUAAAAGCUGUGAAAGAUAUAAAUGAUGUUAUUAUUAUAUACAUAAUUAUACUGUUAGAGACAAAGAUGGCGGCUGCUCAUUACCCGAGCGGUCGCCGCGUUUAAACAACAACAUGAAGAAGCACUUGAUGAUAAUAAUAACACUAAACCAACAAAAACCGUUUCGUUUCCGGAAGAAGCACCUUUUUGAUUCCACCUCAGCAAAUUUUGAAUGUCGUAUAAAGAUAAAAAUAAAAACAUCUCUCCCGAGGGGCCAGUGACCUCUCCUGGUGUCAAAACUGCACACUCUGACAGGAAAUAGUCGUUUGUUUAUUUAUUUAUUUGUGUAAAAUGCAAAACUGCGUUCGUUGUUGUCGUCUGCAUUAUAUGAAUUUGUCAUUGCACAAGCAGAGAGUAUAAAGCAACACACUCACAAAUCACACACAUACACACUCUAACACGUACGUACAGAAGCGAAAAAACCACAAAACAUAUCCAGAGUAAAGAAUGGCACCAGACGCAACACUCACCAGACGUUGUUGAACGCGCCUCUUUUUGGGCACGCAUUGUUUCCGAUUCGCGCUUUUGAGCCGGGAAUUCGACGUUCGGCGAAUUUCCGAACUCGUGCCUCCCGCACCAAAAGACCGGCGAAUCGAUUAUUUUGUUGAACUAUGUUGUCAAUAUGGUGCUAAGCCGGGCAUAAAAAAGUUAAAUUAACUGUUGAGAGAGGACCCCCUUAAUUAGCGAAAAGUCUACUGUACUUCCUACGAUAAAAUGUUACUGUGUAAUAACGUUGACGAUCUUUUGCCGAUUGGUCUCAUUUUUCGUUGACUAACUCGUGUACCGUUUGUAAUAACCUUAUUGUCGUGCGAAAUUUUUAAAAAUACCCGCGGUCCCGUUUAAAAAAUAAAAAAAAAUAGUACUCUGAUUUGAUUGUGGAAAGCAAUGCGAGUAAAUUGAAACAACAAUCGAGUGCCGUCGCACAAUUUUAUUUGUACCGAAAAUGGAUUUAAGUGAGAGUGCGAAUUGUGAUUAAACCGGCGGAGGGCAGAAAAGCAUCAAUGGUGUGAGCAAGAGUUUAACUAAAACUAUAUAUCCGUGGCACACAAACACCUACACACAUGCAAACACGUUGAAAUGUCGAAAAGUGCCGCGUCCGCUGUCCUAAUGUGCCAAUCUCCGAAUUCCCGAUCGAGUGUAGCAGACAAUUGGUGCUUUUUUACCGCAGCGGAACGAAAACUCUGCUCUCCGCAAACCUUUGCUUAUUAUAAAUCUUCGGGAAAAGCACAAAAUUCAGCAGCAUUUUUUGGAAGCUAAAAUUUAAAAAUGAUAAAAAAACGCGUAUUGUUAUUCACUCGAGUUUAAGUCGAUAACGAAUCGAGCUGGACACAAUCUCUUGCAGCUAUAACGUUUAAGAAAGAACUAAAAAGUCGAUUUCUCAGAGUAACUAACUAGUUAAUUGAGACCUUGUUCUUAAUGCAUAAAACUAUGUGUGUCCAUUUAUUAUUAACGAAUUGAUUCGGUUCCGAGGAAGCGAACACUCUGUUCAGUGGACGUAGACUAUGUACUUCUUGAAAGCGUGGAUGUUUAGUCAUUUGUAUAUGCAUAAAAAAGACGCGUUUUUGCCCAGUUCCGUCGAUGCGUUCGGAGAGGCGCCACCUGUUUCGUUUUGUGUUCAUGAGCACUUUUAGAAAAUUUGCAGCGGUGACGCCGUCUCGAACAACCUUCAGGGCCAGGCAAAAGCAUUCACGGGCAGGCCAGCCCGUCGCUAAAUUCAAAAACAAACAAACAAACAAACAAACACACGCAGGAUAAGGUCAAAAGAGAGCACUUUUCACGUGCACGUGUUAUUUGUACUACUUUUAAAAAGCCAGAGAAGAAGGAUAUAUACGAAAAGAAGAAGCAUUUAAUGCCGCGCUUUCUUAAAGUUUUUAAUAAAAAAAAAGAAGUCAGUGUCACGAUCGUUUUCGACCGAAUAAACUAUUAAACCACACACAUACACACACACGCAAAACAGAGCUUAAUUGUGACGACCUAGUAAGUUGGAUUCAUUGUUUGCUAGACGAUGAUUUCGAGAUGUCGGAGUUGCACCAUUAAAGCGUCUCUCUCUCGCUUUUCCAUCACCAAUUCGAAUUCAGUCCAGACUCGUGCGUGUGACAAAGGGCCUAUUAAAUUAAAUUAAAUUAAAUUAAAUAUUCUCGUGUGAAGUGCAUUGCCGAAGAUUUAGAACGAACUCCCUCCGAAUUGCGUCGUGUUGAUUUGCCUAGAUUGACGAGAGAGUUUCUUUUGGUCUAGUUGUAAAGUUUUGGCAAUGUUCUUUGCCCCUCGGGCGACCCAGCGGGAUUAGCAGACGAUCAAUCUACUUAUUAAACUCGAAUUUGCAUUCCAUUGCGGUUUUGUAUUUGCAACACACACACAAACAAAUUGAAAAUGAGAGAGAACGCUGAGCCGAGUGAAAGCGAACCGGAGUGAGUGCUGCUGCUGCUGCGAAACAAAUCUCUAGUUUUGACGGACCUUUUUGUAGCUCCCUUUUCUCGAAAAAGAAUUAUGUGAUCUGAAUUUUAAAAAUACAUGUGGUGAAUAUAUGCUUUAGAAAAAUGGAACACAAUCUCUUUAUAUUAAUAGUAUUAUAGCUGCACUUGAGUAGAGUCUAAAAAUCAGCAAAACUUAACGGAAAUUUAAUUAAUUAAUAAUAAUCGGCUGCGCCUUAAUCGAAUUCCUCCUCCUGUUGAUUUCCUGUAUAUGCUUUCCACAAGUGAAAAAACGGCUUAGUUCGAUUGUUAAACCGCAUUUAGGCCAUCCUCGAAUUUGUGCAGAGGAUAAUCGGUUAAUUGGGUAUAAUUGUUGCAUUAAUUCUGCGAGCGAAAGUGAUGGAGUAAAAACUGCUUAAGUGUACGUCUUUUAAAACGCAAUUAAACUUGAUUGUUUAGGGUAAAAACACAACACGACACACACACAAGAAGAGAUACAAGUGACACACAAACACACGAACACAUUAAAAAACACACACACACUCGUUUGUGAAAAGAAAAAAUCGAGUUUAUUCAACCAAAAGUUCUAAAAAGAGUUGUACUAUAGUAAUGUUAGCUUUGUCAUGAUUAAAUAGGAUGAGAUAAUAAAACAAAAAAAACAACAACUACCAGAGAGAACGUGAAGAAAACAACCAAUCACACACACACACACUGCUGUUUUUGUGUUUCCUUUUUUACGAUUGUUGAUUUUGAAUGUUCACCAAUAAGUAAUUAUUACACGGCAUAUAUCUGUAUGGGAAUUACGACGUCGCGACGCGUAUAUGAUUUAUUAAACGAGGAAAAACUUAUUAUAUUAUUAUUAUACACCACUACUACAAAGAAAUCUUUAUGAUAUUUGUAAUAAAAAUGUUCCAAUAAAAUUUACCAAAAUCAACUCUUAAAACAAAA